GAAUCGUUAAAGAAUCGGCUCAAGCAGUGAAAGAAUACAGAGAAGCAGUCUCGCAAGGAAAAGGCGCAUAUCUUCUUGAGGAAAAUCUUCCCGAUGUUUUUCAAUGUUCUCUUGGUAACUUAUCUCCCGGCCAGACAAUAAUUAUCAGAAUCACCUAUGUCACUGAGCUGAAAUAUGACUCGGAGUCAGAAAAAAUCCGUUUCGUCUUACCAACUAUUGUUUCGCCUCGAUACUCACCUGGAGAUUUUUCCGAAGAUGCGACAGAUGGAAAAAUAGUGACUGCGGCUAAUCCAAGUUACGCUAGUACUGAAAUUGCAAAAUAUACUUUAGGACUUUCAAUCACAUGUAGAAUGACCGAUACAAUUACAAGUAUAGAGUCGCCUUCUCAUCUGAUUUCUACCGAGUUGAAUAUUAAUGGCGAUGCUAAAGUCUCGAGAAUUAGUUUGGCUGAGGAAAUUACUUACUUAGAAAGAGACUUUAUUUUAGUG